GGAAAAGGGGGAAAAUACAGGAAAAAAUAUGUUCGCAUCGUGUCCUUGGAUGAAGAAAAAUCCACCUAUAGCAAUUGGAUAUCAGACUCAGUGUUGAAGGAAAUCAGAUCCAUUACACCAUCUUUUUUUCUUCCCCGUUGCCCCGUUCAAUUGUUCUGCUGGCACCGUGAAGCUAUGGUAGCAUCUGAGAACGAUGAAAAAUAAAUCUAAAAACUCUUUGACGAACGGAAGUGGCAGUAGCAGUGGGAGCAGUAGCAGCAGCAACAGCAGUGGCAGUGGUAGUGAUAAUUACGCCAACGGCAGCACCUAUGGGUCCUCCGGAGCAACGAUGACUGGUGCGGCAGGAGGAGGCCCGGGGUCGAACAGUGCCUCCGCUGGGACGAUCAAUGGAGGCGGCAGACAUGUUCAAUCUUCGUCGGGCCUGAGUGCUGGAAAUUCGCCGAACCGUGGUUCCAUUGCGACCGCCGAUGCCGGAGCAUCGUCCGGUCCGGGGGUUGCUGAUUGUGCGGAUGAGCAGCAAGAGCAGCAACCGAUGAACUAUCACAACCAUAAUGCUCAUCACAGUAAUCGCAACCAUUUGUAUCAGCAGCAAAAGCAGCAGGGUGGCAACCGGCCGCAUAUAUCGCUCGACAAGUGCGAUGACUUUCAGUUCAGCGUUCCACCGGAAGCUCCUGUUUUCGAACCGUCGGAGGAAGAUUUCAAAAAUCCGCUCGUCUACAUCAACAAAAUACGGCCGACGGCGGAAAAGUAUGGAAUCUGCAAAAUACGACCGCCGAGCUCCUGGCAGCCUCCGUUCACCGUGGACGUGGAAAAGCUGACCUUUACGCCACGCAUUCAGCGGCUGAAUGAAUUGGAAGCGGAAACACGCAUCAAGCUGAACUUUCUCGAUCAAAUUGCCAAAUUUUGCGAGCUACAAGGAACGACGCUGAAGAUACCGAUGGUCGAACGGAAACCGCUCGAUCUGUACACGCUGCACAAGAUCGUCAAUCAGGAGGGUGGUUUGGAGGUGGUGACGAAGGAGCGCAAAUGGUCGAAGGUGGCGUGCCGCAUGGGUUACCAGCAGGGCAAAAGUGUGGGCUCUAAUCUACGCAUCCACUACGACCGGUUGCUGUAUCCGUUCGAUGUGUAUCGUUCGGGAAAGGUGGUGGAUUUGGCCAACAUCGAUCCGGAACCAUCGGAAGAUUGUGAGUAUGAGCCCCACUGUAUCGAGUCGCGCCAGCAGGUGCAACCACCGAUGACGGCUGCACGGCGUUCGCAACGUUUUGCCCAGCAGCAGAGCAACAGCAAACCGUCGUCGACGGCCGGGAGCAGUGCAGGCGGCAGUGUGCGUGGCUCAUCGGAUGAGAUGUCGCCGAGCAAGAAGGAGCUGCGGCACAGGAGUAUGUUGGAGUUUGCAAGCAAACUGGCGGCUGCGGCACGCGAGCAGGCGGCCAGCAAUGGCAGUGUGGCGAAGGAGGAAAAGAGUGCGGUCGGUGGAACGCAUGGGUACGACCCGAUGGCAAAGUACAUCUGUCACAUGUGCAAUCGGGGCGACGUCGAGGAAUCGAUGCUGCUGUGCGAUGGGUGUGAUGCAUCGUACCACACGUUCUGCCUGAUGCCACCGUUGCAGGACAUUCCGAAGGGUGAUUGGCGAUGCCCGAAGUGUAUUGUGGAGGAAAAUUCAAAACCGGUGGAAGCAUUCGGGUUCGAGCAGGCGCAACGCGAGUACACGCUGCAGCAGUUCGGCGAGAUGGCGGAUCAGUUCAAGUCGAACUACUUCAACAUGCCGGUCCAUCUCGUACCGACCGAGCUGGUGGAGAAGGAAUUCUGGCGCAUCGUGUCAUCGAUCGACGAGGACGUGACGGUCGAGUAUGGGGCCGAUCUGCACACGAUGGAUCAUGGCAGCGGGUUCCCGACCAAAGCGUCACCGUAUCUCACGUCGAACGAUCAGGAGUAUGCGGAAUCGUGCUGGAACCUCAACAACUUGCCAGUGUUGGACGAAUCCAUCCUUGGCCACAUUAACGCCGAUAUCAGCGGCAUGAAGGUGCCGUGGAUGUAUGUCGGCAUGUGUUUUGCUACGUUUUGCUGGCACAAUGAGGACCAUUGGAGCUACUCGAUCAACUAUCUGCACUGGGGCGAACCGAAAACGUGGUACGGUGUGCCGGGGAGCCGGGCCGAAGAUUUCGAGCUGGCGAUGAAAUCGGCCGCACCAGAGCUGUUCCAUUCGCAACCAGAUUUGCUGCACCAGCUGGUGACGAUCAUGAAUCCAAACAUACUGAUGAACGCGGACGUGCCCGUUUACCGGACGGAUCAGCACGCGGGCGAAUUUGUCGUUACGUUCCCGCGCGCGUACCAUGCCGGUUUUAACCAGGGAUAUAACUUUGCCGAGGCGGUUAACUUUGCACCGGCGGACUGGAUGAAGAUGGGCCGUGAAUGCGUCAAUCACUACUCGAAGUUGCGGCGGUACUGUGUGUUUUCGCACGAUGAGCUCGUGUGCAAGAUGGCGCUCGAGCCGGACAGGCUUAAUUUGGGUAUUGCAACGGCAUGCUAUAUCGAUAUGGCGGAAAUGGUCGAUACGGAGAAAAAGCUGCGAAAGAAUCUUCUCGAGUGGGGUGUAUCCAACGCUGAGCGAGAAGCAUUUGAGCUGUUGACGGAUGAUGCCAGGCAGUGUGAAAUCUGCAAAACCACUUGCUUCCUUUCGGCCGUCAACUGUAAAUGUACCAAGAACCUGGCCUGCCUGCGCCAUUUUGCCGAGCUAUGCGAAUGCCCACCGGAAAACCAUACCCUCAAGUACCGGUACACGCUGGACGAGCUGCCGCUGAUGGUGCAGAAGUUGAAGGUAAAGGCCGAAUCAUUCGAAAAGUGGUUGUUCCGAGUGCGCGACGUGCUGGAUCCGUCGGUGGCGAGCAGCAUCACGCUGGAGGAGCUGCAAAGCAUUGCGCACGAAGCGGAAAGCCAAAAGUUCCCGAACAGUGUCAUACUGGAGCGAUUGAACCUGUCCAUACUGGAGGCCCAGAAGUGCAUUACGGUCAUACAGCAGCUUGAUAUUAAUAAAAUUCGCACGCGCACACGCAACUCGCUCGAGUGCGCCAAGUACAAGCUGUCGAUGGAUGAGCUGGAGCUGUUUAUCAAUGAAAUCAACAAUCUGCGGUGCGUUAUACGGGAGGGCGAUAGUGUGCGGGAGUUGCAGCGCAUUGGACAGGAAUGGCUGAGGCAGGCGGAUAAAGCGUUGAAGCAGCGGUUUAAGGACACCAAUGUGCAGCAGCUUAAUCAGCUGGUCGAGGACGGGAAUGCGCUGUGUAUCGAGCUGCCGCAGAUAACGGAGCUGAAGGAUCGGUUGACGCAGUACAAAUGGUACCGGGAGGUGCGAACGUUGCGCGAAAACACGGUCGAUCGGCUAUCGCUGGAGGAAAUCAAGAAGCUCAUUAACGAAGGCAUGCGAAUAUUACCGCACACAGUAUUAGAGAAAGAGCUGUCCCAGUUGCACGGCAUUAUGCUGCAGAUCGUUGAUUGGGAGCAGUCCGCUAAUCAGUGCUUCAAAACGGAAACACAGCACAAGAUCAGUGAGAUCGAUAGUUUACUUGAGCGGGCGCAAAACAUCGAAGCAUUUCUACCACUUGCCGGUCAACUGAAGGAUGUGCUGCAUAAAUCAAAGGAAUGGCUGCACGCGAUCGAAACCCUUGAGAGUAGCAAAAAUUACAACUUUUUCCACACACUCCAAAAUUUGGCCAAUCGCGCCAAGUUGCUACCGGUAGAGAUGGAGAGCAAAUUGCUGUGUGAAACCAUUUUCGGUACAACGACUGCCGGUGGGGGAUGUUACAAUCGCAACGGCGGUCAAAUGUUGUUGUUUAACUCGCGUGGUUUUAUCGGUGCCAGCAGUGAUGAAUGGCGCAGUAAAACGGCUUCAACGCCUUCAACGUCGCUGAAGCGGAAACGGAACGGAUCAAUCUCGAACUUGGACGAUCCGGUCAUUCCUACCAGAGGGUUGGAAACGAUUAUGAAAAAACUUAAAGAAGAUGGCAGCAUCGGGGAACACGAUAAGCGAUUGUUGCGGGCAAAGUUGCUGCUGGACUGGAACGAAACGGACGGUGGAAUUGGAAGCAGUAGUGACAAACACAUGCUUGGAAGCUAUGACAAUGUGCAGCCGCAGCAGCAGCAACUGCAGCAACAUCGUCUAAAUAGCAGCGGUUGCGACGUAGUGUAUCAUUGCGCCAAAUGCUACGAGAUGGUGGCCAAAGCAAACGUGCUGCGAAAAUAUCGCCACAAGCAGCAUCACCAUCAUUGCCGACACCAUGAACGGCACAGUAGGGUUGCCCUAAAGCAGGAGCAGAAUCAGCAUCAACAAACUACUACUACUAUUACUACUACUACUACUAACACAACUAAUCUGUCGGCCAUGGAGCAAUUGCUGCAGAUAAAAACAUUGUCGGAAGAUGAUUUUGUUGCUGACAAAGGAACAAACGAAAGGGCAACGGCGGAAACAGAUGCCGGAAGCAGUUUUGAUGAUUUUUCGUUCAAAUUUGGCGAACAUGACGAUGGGGACGACGAGCCAGAUGACGAAGAGGCGGCAGAUGAGGUGAAAGCAGAGGAUGAGGACGAUGAUGAUGAGGAGGAUGAGGCUGCCGGUGUCGGACAGCUGGGAAGGAAUGGGUGCCAUGGUUGUAAACCACCGGACGAAUCGGGCGUAGUGAAACCAUUACUCGCAUGCGGCAGGAUAAAGGCGGAACCGUUGGAUAUUUCCCCGGAACGCAACAAUGUGAAGGAAGAGGCUCAAACGCGAUACGGUUCUAAAGGUGUCGCACCGACAACACUUUGUCCAGAGAGCACUAGUCAAGCAUUGGAAGCACUAUCGGCAAAUGGAAGCCGAAGUUCCAACGGUCCUUCUCAACAGUCCGACAAACAGCGACAGGAACAACACCAACAGAGUAAUGUAGAAAGUUUAUGAUGAAGCAACACACAUCGGUACAUGAAGGAUCGGUCUUAAAAAUAAGCGUGACACGGCCGCGGCGUCGCUGAACGAGAGUAGGGGCUGGACUGAACUGAAUUUUUCAUAUACUAAUUACAGUAUAUUCUCGCGAAGAAUUGACAGUUUGUUUUGCAACAAAUGUGCGAUGGAGUUGAAGGGUGUGUAAAAAAAUAGAUAAUGGCCCACCUGCUGGCUUCUUGUCAUCCUUUGCAUGACGGAGGUCAAAGUAAAUGAACAAAAUAAGAAAUGGAUGAUAUGAUGAUCGGUGUGCGAGAGUAAAAGGGAAUUUUGCUUAAAUUAUUAGGCGCUAGGCUCCGUUUUUUGUUAGUUGAUAAGUUUUUGGAAGCAGAAUUGUCCCUAGUUGAUACGAUCGUAUCGUAGUGCCGUGCAAGGCGAAACACUUGAAACAAAAAUCCAAAAGUUUCGUAAGUGUUUUGCACUUCUGCUUGUAUAGCUCCCCUCACCUGUGCAGAAGAUGUGUUAGUUGAUAGAAAAGCUAGAAAUGUGGGUAGUGGUAGCAACAACAAAAAAAAAAAAAGGUACCUAGAGUUUGGCAAUGUAGUCCACAUCGACACAUCCUUACGAUCUUUUCUUACACAUGUUCGUUUGUUCUUUUGUUGCUUCGCGUAAAGCACAUUGAGCAUUACAAUAGCUAUUGUAUCGUACGGAAGUUGAGAUCGAAAGUGGCUUGACACAUGCACUGGUAAUGUAUUUAACCAUAUGUACACGCAUGUAUGCGCCUCCGAGGGGGAUGUCGGUGCAAGAUGCUGGCACAUAUAUAUAUAUUCGCGUCGCCCCGUUUGCUUGCGGAAGAAUUAUAUGUGAUGAUGCGUGUUUCCAAUAGGCACACAUUUUAGAUACCCGCCCUAGUUACAAUAGGUUUGUUUUAAUACUUUGUGCAUUAGCGUGUGACGACAACGACGAUAGUGGCGUCUCCUCGGCGAGGGAUAGUGUUAAUAUUGCAAAACCUGAUCCAAUAGGUAAUGCGUACUUUUAAAAUUGUACCAUAUGAAGAAUGUUUCGCGAGACCAUCCAGUUCCAGAUAUCAUGUUUGUGCAAUUUGGGUUCGAAAUAGACAACACACACACACACACACAGUGGGCAUAGUUUGGAUAAGUAUUUCAUUCACAAUUCUUGUUUUGCUAUGGUAUGGUAAGGCUAUUGCAUCCAGGUUCCUUGAGCAAACAGGGGUGAUGUAGAUCUCUAUGAUAAGGCUUCACAUGGCUAACAGUCUCACAGGAUUUGGGGUAACAAACAAAAAAAAAGAAACUUCAUCCUGAUGCAGCUCGCGCUGCCCAUUCAUGAAACCACACUCAUCACGCACCUCUAUUGCACCUUUGGACCAGACCGUAAGGGUUUAGAAUUAUUUUGUGUGCGUUGCUGUGACAAUGUGGUGUAGCAAACAGGAAAUCAUCCCCAAUAUUAAAUUAUGCAGCUCUGUUUCGUUUUAGUAAUAAAGAUUUAAAAAAAAUCAA